CCGCCCCUCUGCGGCGGGCGGGCGGGCGGGCAGGCCGAGAUUGCGGGGACCGGCGGGCGGUGUCGCCGCGGACAUGUGCAGGAUGUCCUUCAAGAAGGAAACUCCGCUUGCCAACGCUGCAUUCUGGGCAGCAAAGAGGGGAAACCUGGCCCUGCUGAGACUGCUAUUAAACAGUGGUCGUGUGGACGUGGAUUGCAGAGACAGUCAUGGCACCACACUUCUCAUGGUUGCCUCCUAUGCUGGCCACAUAGACUGUGUGAGGGAGCUGGUUCUGCAGGGAGCAGACAUCAACCUCCAGAGAGAGUCAGGUACAACUGCCUUGUUCUUCGCCGCCCAACAAGGCCACAAUGAUGUUGUGAGAUUUCUCUUUGGUUUCGGAGCAUCCACGGAAUGUCGGACUAAAGAUGGGGGCACUGCCCUGUUGGCUGCUAGUCAGUAUGGGCACAUGCCAGUGGUGGAGACCUUGCUGAAACAUGGAGCCAACAUCCAUGACCAACUUUAUGAUGGAGCCACUGCCCUCUUCCUGGCUGCCCAAGGUGGUUACUUGGAUGUCAUCCGACUUCUGCUGUCUUCAGGAGCAAAAGUCAACCAGCCAAGGCAGGAUGGCACCGCGCCUCUGUGGAUCGCAUCCCAGAUGGGUCACAGCGAGGUGGUGCGCGUGAUGCUGCUGCGGGGAGCUGACCGUGAUGCCGCUCGCAACGAUGGCACGACAGCAUUGCUGAAGGCGGCCAACAAAGGGUAUAACGAUGUCAUCAAGGAGCUGCUCAAAUUCUCCCCUACUCUCGGUAUUUUGAAGAACGGGACCUCGGCUCUCCACGCAGCAGUGCUCAGUGGGAAUGUUAAAACAGUUGCCCUGCUCCUGGAAGCAGGGGCAGAUCCAGCCUUGAGAAACAAGGCCAAUGAGCUUCCAGCAGAACUAACCAAGAAUGAACAUAUACUGCACCUCCUGAGGCAGAAAGAAGGACCUGGGAAGAAUGAACUCGGAUCCGUCUUAGACAGAUAGGAGCGUGGGCCACAGUGUCCAGAAAGAAAUGGUUCCUAAUCAUGUUGGAAAUGAAGAACGAAUGUCUGCCCUGUGGGACUGCACAUUGUGUGCUAACCCAGGAAGGGCUCAGGGUCCACCUCCCUUUAUUUACGGUGGGUUUUCUCGCACUGCCCUGUAACUUGGCCCUGGGGGACGUGGAUAGUCACAGAUUCCACAGAAACUUUACAAGUAUGCUAUGGUGAGUCCCUAAGUUCAACUCCAGGUUGGACAUGGUUUUAGUGCUAAAAAAGGAAACAAAAGCUUCAUUCUUUAAGAGCCAGAGGCCAUCCUUCAAUGAAUCAGUGCAUAUUUACUUUGUGCUUAGUGUGGCUCUGCUAAAAUACAAUGCCUCCCUAAUAGUUGCAUUUGUCCAUUCACUCACUGUAUUUUCUACCACUCAAGGAUCGGUUGUGAUUGUUGUGAACCAGUGGAUACAUAAGCAUCUGCUAUUUAAGAUCCACUUCUGACAUUCCACUAUGUGCUAUGCAAAGAUGGGCCGUUAACACACACAAAAAAAGAUAAACCGCUUGAUGGUAAAACCUCCUCUUUUUCCUAACGUGUAAAGUCACUGUCACACAUUGUCAGUGUGCGCAGACGCCAAUGGGAAAUUGAAAACCCCAACAGCUGCAAACCACAAGUCUCUGUGAGCGUUGACUCCGGUUGCAUGGUCUGGAGUCCAAUUCCCAAGGCACAAGUGAGGGCACAGUACACUGGGGACUAUGGAGCUUCCCACAGCCCAGUCUCUGACACUGACUGUGCACUCACUGGGUGAACUGGGUAUGCGUGAGUACUGCUGCUGUCAUUGUUACUUCUGGGGACUAUCCAUAGCAAAGGCAGUUGUUACUAUUUAUCGGUGCUCAUUUAUGCAUGCUCAUGGGUGAACUGGUUCCAGCAAAGAACCACAAGUUCACCAAACUGAGGAGGGUCUAAAGUCGAUGCUCAAUGUACUUUCAAUGGUGUCUAACUGCCUCUGUCGGUGCCUAACUGCAUAUACAGAAAUCAAGCACCCUUCUAUAACGCACUAUAUGAAACACUAACAGCCCUUCUCACGCUUAAACACGUAGCCACUGUUCUUGCUCAUACUGUGCUCCAGGUUCCAACCCGUGGUCCCUGUGUAAAGUCAUAAAGUCAUUAAGAUGGAGAGAAAAGUAUUCCUAAGAAGGUUUUACUUAACUAACAUGCAGUGGGAUGAGAAACACUACCUUUAAGUGUGUAAAUGCCAAAAUGGAACUUUUGAAAUCAGAGGACGGUCUCUUAAAAAUUGUUUGUGAUAACUGCAAUCAGACUGAUAAGCACUGCUAACAAGGCCAGUGGCAAACUGCACACAGCCCUCAGAGAAGGAUGAAGUCUCAUGGGCUCUGCAGAAAUCCCCAGUCUAAUUUCAAUAACUGUUAGAAAGCUGUGCGUUGCCACAACACCAGACACAAAUAUUUUAGUAACUGAAGAUCAGUGCCAGUUUCCCCAUUGGCAGCCUUUUGCUCAGCAAAGUUAUGCAAAUACACAUUUCCUCCAUGGGAAUUUUGAAAUGCUACAUUCCCCUUGAAGGAGAAAUUAAAGUGGACUUAAAUGUUUUGCAAUUUCCCCCUUUAUUUAGCCCUACACCAGAACCAGUUGUUUAUCACAGGUCCGAAAGAAAACAGUAUUGCAAAUACCACCACCACCACCACCAACAACAACAACAACAACAGCAACAACAACAACAACCAAAAAAAGCCAAAAGAUAGUAUCAGAAAUGUCAUGUUUUUCACUAAAACCUCUUGAUAUUGACUCGUUCCUCCUAUGAACCAUUUUAGGGCCAUGAAAUCAGUUCAGUAUCUUUAGCAAUACCUAAUAAAGACCUUUGUACUGUGUGAAACAGAAGUCUGGAUUAACUCGUGAUCUAGAGGCAAUGAUGACGCUAUCCACGACAGGCAAGUUGGUUUAGAAGCUACCAAAGACUGAACGAGAUGUCUGUUGUUUCAGAAACCGUGUUUCCAUUUGCACACAUGUAAAGGACUCUUUACCUUAGACUCGUUGGCAAUCCAGUCAGCCUUUAUCCAAAGGCUUAACAUGAGCAGUUCCUCAAACAAUCUGUUUAGCUGAACUACAAAAGUUUGCCACUAAAUCCAUCUGUUUGACAACUCAUUCCAUGUUAUACUUAAAAUAAAGUUAAUACAAUUCCCAA